CUGGGGAAGGAUGGCUGCCUCAACGCUGCCAUCUCCAUCAAGACCUUCCAGCUCUACCGCAGCUAUGCCAGGAUGUACACCAGCCUCAACGUGGAGAGCACUGUCACUGAAAAUGGGACAGGUAUCCAGAUGAAAGGCUAUGACCACAUCCCAGUCAGUGAAGAAAAUGACAGAGUGAUGUUCAAGAAUAUGGAUGUCUAUUACAAGAGGGGAAUUCCUUACUCUGGGGAGGUGACUGUGACAAAUGUGGAUGGCAAGCCCGUUGCUGGUAGGACUGUCCUGCUGGAGCUCAAUGAAGAAUAUCUGGCCAACUAUACCACUGACAAGAAUGGCAUUGCUGCCUUUUCCAUUGACACAUCCAACUUCUUUGACCCCAGUUUUAAACUGAGAGUGAGACAGGCACCAGAUGACUGUGCAGACUUCUUCAUCUGGAGGAAUGAGAAUGAGCCCCAAGCCUCAUUUUUUGUCCGGCGUUUCUACUCAUGGACCAACAGCUUUGUGAGAAUUGAGCCAGUGAAGGAGAAGCUCAGCUGUGGCCAGCAGCAAAUGAUCAACAUUCACUAUGUCCAUAGGAAUGCCAAACACACAAACUUCUACUAUGUGAUGAUGACAAAAGGAAAAGUUGUUCUCAGUGGCCUGCAGCAAGCCAGCAUCCCUGAUGGUACAUUCAGCAUCCCAUUGACUGUCACUGAAAAGCUUGCCCCCAGUGCCAGGCUGCUGAUCUACACAGUGCAUCCUCGUGGGGAGAUAGUGGCUGACAGCUCUUGGAUACAUAGUGAUGUGUGCUUCAAAAACAAGCUCCAGCUCGAGUUCUCAGAGGAGCAGGGUCUCCCAGGCUCUAAAGUCAACCUCCACCUUGAAGCUGCUGCCAACUCCUACUGUGCCCUGCGAGCUGUAGAUCAGAGUGUCCUUCUCCUUCAUCCUGCACGAGAGCUAUCUGCUGAGAGAGUGUACUACCAGCUGCACGUGGGUGAUUUGUAUGGCUACUACCACAAUGGGCUCAACCUGGAAGAUGACAAGCCAGAGGAGUGCAUCCCAAUCAAAACCACCUUUUUUGAUGGCUUAUAUUACGAGCCUGUGAAUGUCAGUCGUGAUGGUGAUGCCUACAGUGUCUUCAGGGAUAUGGGCCUGAAGGUUUUCACCAACACUGCCCUGAGGAAGCCAGUUCUGUGCAAUGAAGGCAAAGCAGAUACAGAAGCUCGCCCUGUCUCUUUUGACUAUGGUGCUGUCCCUGAGAUGGGCCAUGGAAUGGAUGAGUCAAGGAUUCUUGGUGGGAGCAUUCGUAACACUGUUAGAAAGUUCUUCCCUGAGACUUGGAUUUGGGACCUGGUUCAUACAAACUCUGAGGGAGAGGUCGAUGUCUCUUACACCAUUCCUGACACCAUCACAGAGUGGAAAGCCAGUGCCUUCUGUGUGCAGGACGAUGCUGGGUUUGGCAUCUCCUCCCCUGUCUCACUGAAAGCAUUCCAGCCAUUCUUUGUGGAUCUCACUUUUCCAUACUCUGUCACUCGAGGGGAAAGUUUUAAUUUAAUAGCCAACGUCUUCAACUACCUCAACGAAUGCAUCCAGAUCAGUGCCAAACUGGCAAAGUCAAACGACUACAAGGCAGAAAUCCUUCUACCAGAGAGCAACACAGCACAGCUGUGUGCCAAUGAGAGAAAAACCUACAUCUGGGCUGUCAGCCCCCACAAACUCGGUGAAGUGAAGUUCAAGGUUACUGCUGAGGCCAAACUGAAUACCAGAGGGGCUGAAGACAGCACAGCCCCAGAAGAGGAGACAGUUCACAGGGACACACUGAUCCAAACUCUACUUGUUGAGCCUGAAGGUAUUAAAAAGGAAUUGACUCAGAGCUCCCUCGUCUGUACGAAAGGUACAAUGACUUCUGAACCAGUGUCUCUCAGCCUGCCAAGAAACAUAGUGCAAGGAUCAGCCAGAGCCUAUUUUUCUGUGAUUGGAGACAUCUUGGGCACAGCCCUCAGGAACAUGGAGAACCUCCUCCAUAUGCCUUAUGGCUGUGGAGAACAGAACAUGGUCCUGUUCACACCCAACAUCUAUGCCCUGGAUUAUCUGAACAAGACUGGGCAGCUGACUGCAGAGCUCAGAAACAAGGGUACUGGAUACUUAUCCAGAGGGUACCAAAAACAGCUGUCCUACAAACACAGGGAUGGGUCCUACAGCUCCUUCGGGUCACGAGACAAGGGAGGGAGUGUGUGGCUCACUGCCUUUGUGUACAAGUCAUUUGCACAAGCUGCACGCUACAUCUACAUUGAUGACAACGUCCAGUCUCAGACUCUCAUCUGGCUGGCAAGCAAGCAGAAGUCAAAUGGUUGCUUUGAAAAUUCUGGCUCACAUUUCAACAAUGCUUUGAAGGGUGGAGAAGAAGGUGAAUACUCCCUCACAGCCUACGUCGUGGCAGCAUUGCUGGAGGCUGGACACUCUGCUGAGCACCCUCUCGUUCAGAGUGGCAUGAACUGUUUGGAGACUGCAUUUGGCAAUGGGGUCCACAACCUGUACAACCAGGCCCUCUUUGCCUACACCUAUCGAUUAGCUGGCAAAGAGACAAGAUGCCAGUUCUUCCUGGAGAAGCUGGACAAGGCAGCUACCAGAGAUGGUGGUUCAGUUCACUGGCAGAGAGAAAAUAAGCCACCAGAAGAAUAUGUCCCUGUCUUCUAUUCCCGUGCCCCUUCUGCUGAGAUAGAAAUGACUGGCUACGUGCUCCUGACUUUGCUCAACAAGCCAAACCUCUCCCCAGAAGAUUUAUCUCACAUUUCUCGUGUUGUGCACUGGCUUGUCAAGCAACAGAACCCAUAUGGUGGUUUCUCCUCCAGCCAGGACACUGUCGUUGCUCUCCAAGCUUUAGCCCAGUAUGGAUACCUCACCUUCUCUAAGAAAAAUCUUAACACAGUCAAAGUCAACUUGCUGGAGUCCCCCAGUAAGAGUUUCCAGGUGAACGAUGAGAACCGCUUCCUGCUGCAGCAGGUUUCCCUCCCCACCAUCCCAGGCAGCUACAGCGUGGAGGUGGCUGGCACUGGCUGUGUCUACCUGCAGACCACCCUGAGAUACAACGUCCACCUGCCAAAAAAAGCUGCAGGAUUUUCUCUCUCUGUACAGCUGGCCAAUGUGUCCUGCACAGAAAACUUCCCACCAAAAUUUGACCUUGUCCUCUCUGCCAGUUACACAGGAAGCCGCCAAGUCUCCAACAUGGCUAUUAUUGAUGUGAAGAUGCUCUCAGGUUUUGUUCCUGUCAGAUCUUCCCUGAAAAAGCUUCAGUACCAGAAUUCUGUUGUGGAUCAUGUAGACAUCAAGAACAACCACAUCUUCUUCUACCUUCACAAGGUCUCCCAGAAGACCAUCAGCUUCUCCUUCAGCGUGGAGCAGAGUCUGCCUGUCUCAGACAUCAAACCAGUGCCAGUACACAUAUAUGACUACUAUGAGACAGAUGAAUAUGCCCUUGCAGAAUACAAAGCACCCUGCUCCCCACCUUCCAGCUGA